CGAGAUGCCACUCUCCUUACGCCCUGGCACUCCCGCGGAUGCGCCCUCGCUAUCCAAGAUCUGCCUCUUAACAGGGAAUUACGGCACGAGCGCAGAGCACCUCCAUUCCCGGGGAGAACUCUUGGGCCUUGUUUACGCUGAACCGUACGUACUUAGAGACGGGACUUUCGCAUUUGUACUUGUAGAUUCAGCUGAACGUGAGGAAGGGGAGGAGGGGACGGAGGAACGGAAAGAGGAGGUCGUGGGGUAUAUCAUUGGCGCGUACGAUACGGCGUUGUAUGAAGCUGAGCGGGGCAGGGACUGGUUCCCCCUUUUGGCGAAAAAGUACCCCGUUGGAUCAGAAGGGACAGACGCGGACAAGUAUUAUUACGGGUUGUUUGCUAGCCCCCCAAAGACGGGGCAGGACGUGCUUUCCAUCUACCCUUCGCAUCUGCAUAUCGACAUCCUCCCCGCGUACCAGCGUACCGGCUGGGGCCGCAAGAUGGUGCACACGAUCAUCGAGCAUCUUUCGUCGAAGGGGUACAAAGGUGUCUGGGCGGGCAUCGAUAGCCGAAACGAAGCCGGGCGGAGGUGGUAUAUUAAGUUGGGGUUCAGGAGAGUGGAAAGCGAGGUAGGCGAGUAUUGGGUUAUGGACUUCGAUAGGUGGGAUGGGAUAAGGGGGAGGCCCGUGGAGGGGGCGUAG